AACAGUUCAUCAGAGGAAGUUAACAACCACAGGAGGGGCUGAUGAUGUUUAAAGAAAGAACUGUCUAAAAAAGAGAAAGAAAGACUGAGAGAAAAUGGCUGAUCAGUGUCAUAUGUGUCUGCUGCGACUGAUCAUUCUCUGUCCACUUCUGACAGGUAUCAGUGAAGCAGAAGUAACUCAUGUGUUCAGCAGUUCUGGUGAAAAUGUCCGUCUGCCCUGUAAUAAUGCUCUUUCUGGCUGCACAUCAACUGCAUGGAUCUAUAACAGACAUUCAGAGACAGUUGAACUGAUUGCUAGAGGGAAAAAGAAGGAUAACAUAGAGAGACAUGAGAGACUAAGUCUGGGGUCUAACUGCUCUCUGAACAUCGAGAAAGUCACACAUGAAGAUUAUGGGGUUUACACCUGCCGACAGUAUGUGAAUGGACAACAAGGAACUGAUGCACCUGUUUAUCUGCAUUUUCUUCAUGUCUCUUCAUCAUCCUCACAGACUGAGAUCAGACCAGGCAGCUCUGUGACUCUCUCCUGUCAGUUGAAUUCAAAUGAUAGAUACCCUUGUGAUACUUUGGUCCGUACUGAUGGAAUUGAGCUGAUCUGGGUGAAUCAGGCUGGUGUUAGUGUGAUGACAGACUCCAGAUAUCAGAUAUCAUUCUCCUCAACACACUGUAACAGCACUCUGACUACAACACUCCUGAAUCUCAACAGAGAGUGGAGAUGUCAGGUUACUCAGAGAAAUCAACUGAAGGCCUCAGCCACAUAUACUGUCAAGUAUUCAGCUCCAGUGGAUUCAACAACACUGAUUCCAGUCAGCAGCUCAAACUCUGAGAAGAAAUCAAGGCGAACUACAGCAGCAGCUCCGACAGAAGAUAAUCGGAUCAUUACUUCAAACUCUGGUAUGACUUCAGUUGCACACAGAUCUUCAGUUACACAGCAAGAGACAACACAGAUUUCAACUACUACACCAGAGUCUGUGAAUCAAGUCUCUCCCUCAGUGACUGUGAUUGUUGGUGUUGUUGCUGCAUUGGCUGUUCUCCUUCUUGCUGUUAUUCUUUGGGCGAUUUGUAAAAAAAAAUCUGGUAACAGAAGCGGGACUGAUGACUCUGUGGAGCAGAAAGAUGAUGUGACUUAUACUGAGGUUGUCAAGUACAGUAACGACAAAGCCAAAAAGAACAAGGUUCAUGGUGAUGAUACAGUGACUUACGCUUCCAUCAGUGGAGCAACAGCUGGACCUCAGGAUAACAGCAGUCAACUUUAUGCCACUGUGAACAAGAACCAUCACAAAUGAGUAAAACGUACUUGGUUACUAACGUAACCUCGGUUCCCUGAGAUAUGGGAACAAGUACUGCGUCUCCUAGACGCAGUGAGGAAACAUUUUUUUCUCUGAAAACUGAAGCCUUAUUCAAUCACACAGUGAAACUGCACGGCCAUUGGGUUUCUUGGCCUAUGGCGAAGAAACCCGCCAGAGCCCGCCAGAAUGGGCGGGGUCAUCUAGCAAUGUAAGUGGGCAUUUCGCAUAGGAUCUCUGGUUUAUUUCGACUGAAGCGAUGACACAGAGUCGUGCAGCGACAUAGCUAGUGGAGCCUUCUCUUCGGCUACUUUUGCCAGCAAAUUGUUCACCUCGGAGCGCAGAAGGUGAGCAUCCUUGCUCCCCACUGAGGUGGGAGCAACAGCGCUGUUUUUGAGCGAAUUAAAGUACAUAACCUCGCUUUAUUGUCCCCAAAACCCAUUUUGACACUCUGGGGAUGGCCUGCGAGGCCUCGGCCCACGUGACAAGGGGUCAAAUUGGUUCGAAUAACGGGUUGCUGUGAGGGGUCCCCGAUGCUUGUAAUAAGUGGAAGAGGAAAAAUGCUCUCUUUUUGAGUAUGUUUGUGUUUUAUUUUGUCCACUAUUACAGUGGUUAGUUGCACAGGCACGUUUGAACGGGCCCAGUGCUUGCAACAAACAUUCUCUCAUUCAGACAACUGCGAGUGGGCUCCUCAAGCGUAGACCACUCCAAACCGAGCUCCUCGACUGCUUUGGGCAGGACACGGAGAAGUUCAGCGUCCAUUCCAGCCCUGGCAUCGAUGGGGUCUAAAGACGUUGUUUGUUGAGCCCACCCAAUCCUCUGCAUCUGAGGCCACCAAUGACAUGCUGUCAUCUAGGAGAUCGUCAUCAGACCCCCCAAACAAGACCAGAUCGUGAUGGCAGAGGGACGCUGGUCUGGGUGGGAGAACAAGAUGGGGAAAACCUCUCUAUGUGGAGAGAGUGAGGCACGCAGGACCUGAGCCGACGUGAGCUCACUCGUAUCUGAGCGCUGAGAUCCUCUGCCCCGCUGUUUUUUCCUCACAGGCUCCGUCAUCAGUGUGGCGCGACAUCUGCAACAACAUCGCAGAAAUUUGCUCUUUGAAAAAUGCUCUUAAUACUCACCGGACAGCGACAGGGGAAGCACUGACACAGGCGCUCUCGGGCGCUGAAGGCAGCUCGUGAGCGGCGUGCUGACCAGACUGCUUGAGAGUGGCGUACUGAUCAGUGCUGCUUGAGAGCGGUGAGCUGAUCCAGCUGCUAGAGAGUGGCGCGCUGAUCAGCUUGCUAGAAGAGCAGCGAUCAACCCGGAGAGAGAGGUCACUUCGUCAGCUUGAUCUGCUGCUAGAAGUUGGCGAGGUGGCUUCAAGUCUUGUAGUUCCAGCGAAGAGAUGUGAUCGUCGUCAAGGAGAAUGAAUCAGAUAUCCUAUGCGAAAUGCCCGCUUAUAUAGCCAGAUGACCCCGCCCAUUCUGGUGGGCUCUGGCGGGCUUCUUCGCCAUAGGCUCCGCCGUGCCAUCAUUGGUUUGUUUCAUUCUAACUGCACAAAUCAAUGGCCGUGCAGUUUCACUGCGUGAUUGAAUAAGGCUUCAGUUUUCGGAGAAAAGGAGUUUUUCCCACCGCAUGUAGCAGACACAGUACGAGUGAAGUAUCGAAAGGAAACAGUCAUUUAUUAUACAAAGACAUCGUAUUAUGAUGAAUGAAUAGAGGAAUAUAUAUAAUUGACUCCUAUAGAAUUUCAUUCAGUGCCAUUAUAAUUUCUGUCUUUCACAUGUUAACAAACAAACCCAAGUGGUGAUCUGCUUUCAGUAAUGCUUGUAAUACUAGAUUGUGUUUGUCAUUAAAUGUAUGACACGAAUAGCCUGUCAAAGCAAUGAAAUAUAUUUUCUGUCAUUACAAAUAUUUCCUUGUGCAGUAUUUCUCCUGAGGGGAACCUCUUGUUGUAUGGGUUUAAGCCUUAUUAGGAUACAGAUGCAGUGGAUUAUGACAGUGUCAGAAGUGAGUUUGUUACUGUGCAGAAUGUGCCCUUUUUGUUUUUUAUUGUAUAUGUCUGUAAAUAUGAUGUUAGAUUGUAACUGUUUUUAAUAUCCAAUCUACAGUAAUUAACGUCAUCUUUUAAACUAUUUCUGUGCUUGAGGCAUUUGUGAGUAAUGCAGAGAUGCUCGGAAAUGUUUUAUUUAACACAGCUGUAAAGGAACUGAGAGACUGCAGUCAGUUUCAGAGAAAUAGAAGGGAUAAUGUCUAUUUAUGGGAAUCAUAAUGAAUUUAAUGUUUCUGGUUCUUUAAUGGUUCCAUUAAUGAUUGAAUGUACUUUUAAUGAAGAAAUAUUUUUUAAAAAAUUCCAUUGCAAAAUGUAGAGAUAAUUUAAUGAUUAACAAAUUUCUCUUUACAGUUCUUGCAAAAGGUUUUUAAUGACUUUUUACAGUCUUUUUAUAUGCAACAUAAAUACAACCACAUUUAUGUAUGUCUCACUUAAUUAGUAAGCUGUAUGUGUUUGACCAAAUAAAACUAACUGCUCAUUAGAGUCAUUUGUUGAA